AACAUCCUACAGCACUUCAAACAACUACUCCAGUUCGCUUAACCUCAAUAACCUUUUCAGUUCGCUCAGUAACAGCUUGGCCAAUAACUGCGUUGAUUCAUCUGGUAACUGUGGUAACACCUACAGCACUUCAAAUAACCACUCCAACAUGUCAAUCUGGAGAGCUAAUCGAGAGAUAUCUGAAUAUUAGAAUCCUAAGAAUUCGCAAAGUUUGGGUUUCUGAAAAUAAUCCUCAUGAGUUACCAAGGAUGCCAAAUGUAAACAGACUAAUAUCGCUAAAUGAAUCUAAUACUACAGCAGUUAGAAUACCGGUUGAAUAUCAACUGAAUUAUGAGAAAACAUUCUCUGAACAAGUGAUAACUAUAUACGAGAAUUUGAUCUUAGAAUUGAAGAGAAUGAUGGAAGGUGUCUUCAAUCUAUCAGUCACUCAAUUGUCUAAUUGGCUUAAAGCUAUUCACAAACACCGUGUAUUAGAUCCGAUGGCCGAACAGCAGGCAAACAAUAAUAACAAAUAUUACGAAACGGAUAAAACAAAUAAGAUGAAUAAAUUUAUUAAUUAUGAUUAUUUUGAUGCAGAAGAUAAUAUGAAUGAUAAAGACUAUUUAACCAAUCUGUUCUUCGCAGAAGAGAUUGAAGAUUAUGAUGAAAAAUGA